GCUCAUUCUCGGAGCUCCAUUGCCUUCUCUAUUUUGUUUAUCCUUUCCCUUCUCAUCACCGCGCCAAAAUCUGCCGGCGUUCUCGUCGCCGGUUCCUCUAGUAGAAAACCAAAAUGGUAGGCCAGGUUUUGCGUUUUGGCGGGAAUGGGCUUGGCCAGAUACUCACCGCGGCGGCUGUGGCUCUCCUACUCCGGCUGUUUUCCGGCCCGGGCCCUGCUCUGCCGCCCGGUUCUGAGUCCGAUCACGAUGACAUUGAGAAAGAUGAGGAUGAAGCUGGUGCCGAUGAUGAAACCGGCCAUUCUCCCUCCGCUGGGAAGAAGGUUGCUCCGGUUACAAUCCGGUGGCGCAACAUCAACUGUUCCCUCUCUGACAAGCGCUCUGAAUCAGUAAGAUUCCUGCUUAAAAAUGUAAGCGGAGAGGCGAAACCAGGAAGGUUGCUUGCAAUAAUGGGGCCAUCAGGUUCAGGGAAAACGACUUUGCUCAAUGUUUUAGCUGGGCAGCUGAUGGCAUCCCCGCGUAUGAAUUUAUCCGGUCUUCUGGAGGUUAAUGGGAAGCCAUACUCGAACAGAGCUUACAAGUCGGCUUAUGUGAGACAGGAGGAUCUUUUCUUUUCUCAGCUAACUGUAAGGGAGACACUUUCGCUGGCCGCAGAGCUUCAGCUUCCUCAUAUAUCUUCUGUGGAAGAAAGAGAUGAAUAUGUGAAUGGUUUGUUGUUCAAACUGGGUCUGGUUAAUUGCGCUGAUUCUAUCGUUGGAGAUGCAAAAGUUCGUGGUAUAAGUGGCGGCGAAAAGAAGCGGUUAUCAGUUGCAUGUGAACUUAUAGCGAGUCCUUCCAUAGUUUUUGCUGAUGAACCGACUACAGGUCUUGAUGCAUUCCAGGCAGAGAAAGUAAUGGAAACUCUGCGACAGCUGGCUCAGGAUGGACAUACAGUUAUUUGCUCGAUUCACCAACCAAGGGGUUCGGUUUACGAUAAAUUUGACGACAUUGUGUUGCUGACAGAGGGUGCUUUAGUUUAUGCCGGCCCUGCUGGUGAUCAGCCAUUGACCUACUUCUCAAAAUUUGGGUAUAAAUGUCCAGAGCACGCCAAUCCCGCUGAAUUUUUGGCUGAUCUCGUCUCGGUUGACUACAGCUCUGCUGAAAGUGUAUACUCAUCUCGGAAAAGGAUCGACGGCCUUGUUGAGUCAUUUGCAGAACAAGCAACCUUGAUACUGUACACAACUCCACUUAAGAGGAGUGGGAGAGGCAGUGAGAGGAAAUUUGGAAAAAGAGUUGCUUCAAAUGGAAAAGGGAAUUGGUGGAAACAAUUUAAGUUACUUCUUAAACGUGCAUGGAUGCAGGCCUCACGUGAUGGGCCUACAAACAAAGUACGUGCAAGAAUGUCCAUGGCAUCAGCUCUUAUAUUUGGCUCAGUGUUCUGGAGAAUAGGUAGAUCCCAGACAUCAAUACAAGAUAGGAUGGGAUUGCUUCAGGUUGCAGCAAUAAACACUGCCAUGGCUGCUCUCACCAAAACCGUUGGUGUGUUUCCCAAGGAAAGAGCUAUAGUUGACAGAGAGCGAGCCAAGGGGUCUUACGCUUUGGGACCCUAUCUGCUUUCCAAAAUGAUAGCUGAGAUUCCUGUGGGGGCAGCGUUUCCUCUCAUGUUUGGUGCUGUACUUUAUCCUAUGUCUGGCCUCCAUCCUACUUUAUCAAGGUUUGGGCAGUUCUGUGGAAUUGUGACGGCAGAGUCAUUUGCCGCUUCUGCAAUGGGUCUAACAGUGGGGGCUAUGGUUCCAAGCACUGAAGCCGCAAUGGCUGUGGGACCCUCUCUCAUGACAGUUUUCAUUGUUUUUGGUGGCUAUUAUGUGAAUGCUGACAAUACGCCGAUUAUAUUCAGAUGGAUUCCCCGUGUAUCAUUGAUAAGAUGGGCCUUUCAAGGACUUUGCAUCAAUGAAUUCAAGGGUCUUCACUUUGACCAUCAAAACUCUUUCGAUAUUGAAACUGGAGAGCAGGCACUAGAGCGUCUAUCCUUCGGCGGAAGCAGCAUCAACGAUACAGUGAUGGCUCAGAGUAGAAUUCUGGCAUUCUGGUAUUGCACCACCUACUUUCUCUUACAGAAAAAUAAGCCCAAAUACCAGCGGCUGGAGGCAGCACCACCUUCAUCAGAACAAACCGAAAAGCUGGAGCCUAUGGAGCCUGAACAAACUACGCAGCUACUUCAGCAACAAGAUCAACUUACGGCAACACAAGAAGAGGAAGAAGCAGCAGCAGCAGAAGAAGAAGAAUCAAAUUCACAGUUCAAAGAGAUACCACCACCUGACGACCAAAUCCGACCAUUUAUCUUUGAAGGUUUGUAAACUAGUUUUGGGUAACUGCUGAUAGAAAAUCAUUAUACGAACCAUAUACCAGACAUGCUGUUUAUGGAGUUAUACGUCCCACAGGUGCUAACUGAAUGGAGUGUCUGUUUGCAAUAAAUGGGUUAGAAGGCAAGCUGUGUUAAGCUCUCAGGUGGCCCUCCUUUACAAGUUAGAAGACUUGUCUUAAACGAAUGUUGAUUCUCUGUGAAGUUUAGAGUAGAAAGUGACGCAGCUUUGCUGCAAAUGACAUUUGCUGUGGACUAUAGCUAUUUGUGGGCAGAGUUAUGUUGCGGUAAGAAAUGGACAUUAGGCAGGGAACUGGAACUAGGCAGUUUCUUGGAAACUUGAUGAUGGAGAAUUUGCACUUCUGAGUGGACACUAUUGGAUGGUUUUUUAGGCUGAAUUCAUUGGAUUGCUUCAUCAACAUGCUAUUCAUCCAAUUUAUGCGAAUCUUGUCGUCGGUGUACCAAAAGUUUUGUGUAUCUGAACAGCUGGCUUUUAUUACA